AUGGCGUCAGGAAAAACAGUGAAGGAUGUCUCUCCACACGAGUUCGUCAAGGCUUACGCUGCCCAUCUCAAGCGCUCCGGCAAGAUUGAGCUGCCUCUGUGGACAGACAUCGUCAAGACUGGUAAACUUAAGGAGCUUGCUCCAUAUGACCCUGACUGGUACUACAUCAGAGCCGCUUCCAUGGCAAGGAAAGUGUACCUAAGGGGUGGUCUUGGAGUUGGAGCUUUCCGUAGGAUCUAUGGAGGAAGCAAGAGAAACGGAAGCCGUCCUCCACAUUUCUGCAAGAGCAGUGGUGGUAUUGCUCGUCACAUUCUUCAGCAGCUCCAGACCAUGAACAUUGUCGACCUUGACACUAAAGGGGGGAGGAAGAUCACCUCAAGUGGUCAGAGAGAUCUUGACCAAGUCGCAGGAAGGAUCGCAGCCGCUAUCUAA